UUAUUUUGAAGGUGCUAACCGGAAGGGGCUGUACAGUGGCUGGUGUUCGCAGCUGGACCCCGCCACCGUCUCACACACACCAACAUGUCCCCGCUGCUGCUGCUCCUGCUCGGCCUCCUCUCCCUGAUCGUCUGCGUCCUCCGCGGCCGGCACAGACGAGAAGACGAGCCGCCGCUCAUCAAAGGUUGGAUCCCCUUCAUCGGGAAGGCUCUGGAGUUCGGCAGAGAUGCUCAUACGUUCCUCAAAGAACACAGGAACAAGUUUGGAGACAUCUUCACAGUCCACAUCGCAGGUAAAUACAUGACCUUCAUCAUGGACCCCUUCAUGUAUCCAAACAUCAUCAAACAUGGCCGCCAGCUGGACUUCCACCAGUUUUCUGACAAGGUGGCGCCCUCAACCUUCGGCUACCCGCCCCUUGUGAACAGGAAGUUACCUGGCCUGCACACUGAGAUGUUCCGCACCUUCCAGUUACUGCAGGGAGACAACCUGGGGCCCCUGACAGAGAGCACGAUGGGUAACCUCAUGCUGGUGUUUCGUCAGGACCACAUCGGUGAGACGCAGAGCGCAGAGAAAGGCUGGCUGAGCGGCAGCAUGUACGAGUUCUGUAACUCGGUCAUGUUCGAGGCCACCUUCCUCACCAUCUACGGCAAGCCGGCGUCCGCCAGCCGCCACAGCGAGAUGGGCGGGCUGAGGGCGGACUUCCUCAGGUUUGACAACAUGUUCCCACUGCUCAUCGCUCAGGUCCCCAUCAGGCUGCUGAGACAGACCAAGGCAAGCCGCGACAAGAUGAUCAACUACUUCCUGCCACACAGGAUGUCGUGUUGGUCGAACACCUCGCAGUUCAUCAGGAGGCGAUUGGAGCUGUUGGACCAGUACGAUAGUCUGAGGGACGUCGAUAAAGCAGCUCAUCACUUUGCCAUCCUCUGGGCGUCUGUGGCCAACACUGUCCCUGUCUCCUUCUGGGCCAUGUACUACCUGGUGAGUAACCCUGAGGCUCUGGAAGCCAUUCGCCAGGAGAUCCUGGACGUCCUGAAGCUCAGCGGCGUCGACUUCAGCAGCACCAAAGACGUGACGCUCGACAAAGACCAGCUGGACAAGCUUAUUUAUCUGGAGAGCGCCAUCAACGAGAGCCUCCGCCUGUCCUCCGCCUCCAUAAACAUCCGAGUUGCUCAGGAGGACUUCAGUCUGCGGCUGGACAGCGAGCGCUCGGUGGCCGUCAGGAAAGGAGACAUCAUCGCUCUCUACCCUCAGAGUCUGCACAUGGACCCCGAGAUCUACGAGGAACCACAGACGUUCAGGUUCGACCGCUUCAUCCAGGACGGCCGAGAGAAGACAGACUUCUACAAGGACGGGCAGAAGCUGAAGUAUUACCUGAUGCCGUUCGGCUCCGGCUCCACCAUGUGUCCCGGACGCUACUUUGCCAUCAAUGAGAUCAAACAGUUCCUGUGUCUCCUGCUACUGUACUUCGACCUGCAGCUGGAGGACGGCGCGACCAAAACCACCGCGGACUCUAGCCGAGCCGGACUGGGCAUCCUGCAGCCCACCACCGACGUGCGCUUCCGCUACAGACUGCGUACCGUCUAACUCGGACGCUCCGUUAAUAAAGUGUCUCCACGUAAACAUCCCGUCACAAUAUUUUCAGGAUGUCUGACAUAAGAAUGUGAAAGACGUCCCUCGACCUUUACUGUAAGAAUAAAUCCUGAGCAGCAUCAAAAAGUUUGUAGGAUAAAUCGGCUUCAUGUAGCUCAAUGUUUGGAAGCAACAAUGUGAACUCCUUUAUUUGCUGCACAUCCUGAAUCUCCGUAGACAGAAGUCCUCAUACUUCUUUACCUGCUGUGGAUAAACGUGUGAAGGGAAGGAAGUCUUCCUGUUUGCUUGCGUCCAACAUUUCAUUUGUGUCGAAGUCUUUGUAUGUGGAGCCGUCACAGUGCCAGCACUGAUCCAAACACGAGCUCUACACUGAACAUCACGUUUCAUUCGUUUCACUUUUUUAAUCUUCUGUUUCGUGUUUCUUGAGUUUGCACUUGAUGAAAGGAACCGUCCGACUUUUCAGGAUCCUCCUGUUUAGUGUUUCAGGUUAGCCUAGCUUAGCACAAAGACUGCAAGCAGGGGGAAACUGGUAGCCGAGUUCUCCCAGCUCCAACUGUUCCAAAGCAUUCGUUAGCACCAGUGUUAAAACAUCAUUAGCUUUACACAAGGACGUGCAGUUAGCUUCAACCAGCUAACGAAACAUUUCUGAAGUCAUCGUGGAUCCGAAAAGAGAAAAACUUCAGCCCCGCGUUAGCUCCGUGAAGGCUAACGAGAGGAUUCCUAAAAUGUGGGACGGGUCCUUCAGUUUACUCAUUCAGCCAAUCAGAGGGCAGGUGUGAAAUAUGUUAAUAGUCCUUUUUAAAGAUGUGUAUUUGUCUUUAAAAUCUAGUUGUAAUUGAUCUUCUCUGUCAGCACUGUGAAAAAUAAACGCUUUUAUAUUAAA